AUGGGUUUUAUGAACAUUUCUGGUAAAAGUAAAGUCAACACCAUUUCUUCAUACCAACAUAUGUUGCCGUGGAUGAGGAUUACGCCUCAAGACAUCUGUGAGCAAAUACUAGAACUUGCAAAAAAGGAACUAACACCCUCACAAAUUAGCAUAUACCUUCGGAACUUUUGUGAUAUUAAGCCAGUUAAAAAUAUUACAGUGAAUAAAAUUCUUCGAAUCCUUAAGUCUUAUGGUCUAGCACCCGAAAUUCCUGAAGAUCUUCAUCAUUUGAUCAAGAAAGCCACUACUGUUCGUAAGCAUUUGGAAUGGAAUUGUCAUGAUAAGGAUGCCGAAUUCCGAUUAAUGUUGAUUGAAUUAAGAAUUCGCCGCCGCGCCAGAUACUAUAAAAUCGCGAAGGGAUCCUACAGUGAAUUCGAGACUUUUUUGAUGUCUCUUGAUAUUCCAAAUAUCAUUAUUCCUGACUGUGAUCUAAAACAGUUUGAAAAAAUUGCAUUCUUAAAUUCCCGCUUUCUUCGAAUGAGUCUUAUUGAGGGACAACUUGAGAUCAUCAUGCCACCAUUGCCAGUUCACGUUGAAACCGGGAAUUUUAAAUUAUUUUACAGGUUGGCGGGUGGUGCAAAGCCAAUAAAAGUUCAGUUUGGAUCCGUGAGUGCCUUCAGGUUGCUUAGGCUGGAAAAUCCUGAUUCUCCUGAUAAACCCACUAUUCUAUCUCCCGAUACUGCCGUCAUUCUCAAAACAAGAUGGGAUUCUUUAACCAAUGAAGAAAAAAAAUUAUCAUUCCCCCCAGUUGCCCCAAAUUUCAUCAUUGAGUUGCGUGUAGAUGAGGGAAUCUCCAUAGACUUAAUUACAAAUCCACCGGAGGUUAGAAUCUAUACAUUUAAUUCUGACACUAAUAAAGUCAUUUGGAAAUCAUUGGUAAAACCCGAUCAGGUUGAAUCAGAAGUUCUCAAAGGGUUUGUUUUAGACAUGCAAGAGAUAUAUUGGCAAUAA